GUUUUUUUUGGAAAGGGAGCCUACUCUAACAAACUCAACUGUUCAACCGGCAAAAAGAAAGAUUUUUUUUCUCUGUUGAAUAAUAAUUUACUUAUGAAAAUGGUAGAACAAGCAGUUAUUACUGAAGAUGAAGCACAACUCUAUGAUAGACAAAUUCGACUCUGGGGUCUAGACGCUCAAAGAAGAUUGCGAGCAUCGCGGGUACUACUGAUUGGUUUGAGGGGACUAGGAGCAGAGGUAGCGAAGAACAUCGUCCUGGCUGGCAUCAAGUCUAUCACAUUGCUGGACCAUACUCAGGUGUCAAAGGAGGAUGCUGCAUCUAAUUUUCUGGUUUCAAGAGAUGACUUUGGUAAAAAUAGAGCAGAGAUGGCCCAAAGCCGAACUCAACAACUCAACCCUAUGGUUGAGGUGAUGGCUGACAACGAGAAUGCCACAGACAAACCUGACAGUUUCUUCACAGACUUUGAUGUAGUAUGCGCCCUCUGUUGCAAGCCUGAACAGCAGGUCCGGAUAAAUCAGAUCUGUGCUGAGAAUGACAUAAAAUUCUUCUGUGGAGAUGUGUUUGGUUACUAUGGUUACAUGUUUUCAGACCUCGGAAGCCAUGAAUAUGCAGAGGAGGUACACAAGAAGAAAGACACUUCCACUUCAGAGGAUGGAAGCCCAGCUAAGAAGGCUAAGACUGAAGAACAAGAUACAGUGAUGGUAAAAAAUUCUGUCAAUUACGUACGUUUGAAGAAUGCAUUGAACGUAGACUGGAAAGAGAAUGCCAAGAGCCUGAGGAGAACUCCAUCUGCCUAUUUUGUAAUGAAAGUGAUUAACCAGUUCUUGGAGACUGAAGGGAGACGUCCAGAGGUGGAAACUGCCGCAGAGGACGCAACAAAGUUACGUAGUCUAAAACCUGAAUUGCUGGAACAGAUCGGGGUUAAAACUGACAUCAUUGAUGAUGAAUUUGCCAGCAAGUGUUUUGCAGAACUAAGUCCAGUGUGUGCAGUAGUGGGUGGGGUACUUGGCCAGGAAAUCAUCAAGGCUGUGUCUCAAAAGGAUGUUCCUCACAACAACUUCUUUUUCUAUAACGGCGUCGAUGGAAGUGGAUUAGUAGACAAAAUUGGAAGCUAAUGCAACUAAAUUCAAAGACAUGCUAGUUUUGUGUUGUCUGUGUAUUGACAGUCCUUGAAAAUUACCACCAUCUUUUGUCACAAAUUUAUAUUGAAAUAAAAUGUGUUAGUCUAGUGUAUAGAUGAUCAGAAAGUCUGUUGUUACAUGUGUUUUCCCAAUAAUGACAUACAAUGUAUAUAUGUGAUCUUUAAAUUAUUUAAAUACGAGUAUGUGACAGAUCUGAAAUAUAUUCCAUACAAAUGUUUUGUAGUUUUAUUCUUUCAUAAAACUGAAAUAUGGCAGGGACCAUUUUUUGUAGCUUCAAAAAUGCAUAUUCCUCCUUAUCAUCCUUGUAAACAUCUUGGUGUGUUGUUUGAUUUACCAGUAUAUGUCGAAGUAUUUCCUGAAUAAAAAUGCCACAGACAUGGCCCAAAUA